CAGUUGCGAAGUCAAUAUAACCAGGAAGGAAUAUGACAUCAUCAUAUGUGUAGGAAUAACCUUGGCUGAACAAAGUAGAGGCAGGAAAUCCAUCAUCGUAAUGAGGAGGAGGUAUUCCCUGCAUGUCAGUUGCCCUGGAGAAAAAAUAAGAUCAACUAGUUCGUAUACGAGUUCGCAUAUGAGGUUUCGGUUGCCAAUCGAGAUGUUUGAUGAAACUGGAGUAAUUCAUUCAAUUUUAUUCACUAAUGAAGUGCAAAAAUUACUCAAUUUGAUCAACAAUCCUAACCCUCCUCAUUUGGUCGAUUGUGCUGAUUUGAAUGAAAAAGUGAAGGACCUCACUUUUAUUAUUGCUGUCAAAACUAUACUAAAAAAAUACCGAGGGGAAUUGAAGAAAAACAUAAGCGUCCUAUGCCUUUCUCUCCCCAAAAAAGAGUCACAAAAGAAUAUUGUUUGUAACAAUUAAUCCAGAAGCUUCAACAUCGAAGGUAAAGCGUAGGCUGAUUCUUGCUGAAGGGAUUGAAUCUGAUGACAAUGCUGCUCAACAAAAUGACAACAAAGAAACUGCUGCUAUGGCUGCCAAGAACAAGGGCAAAAGACACAAAUGUUAGGCUCUUUAUAUUAUUUAGGUCACUAUAUUAUAUGUCAAUUGCAGUUCUUUGUAAAAACAUUUAAUUCGAAGUCUUGCACAUUUUACUUAUAAACCCAUGGCUAUUAUUAACUCACAUAUAUAUAUAUAUAUAUAUAUAUUCAUAUUUUUAGAGUACUA